AUGCAUCCGCAAUUUAUUGCUGCCGGCACCAAACUCUACGCUACCGGCUAUCCCAGUGAAAAUGCUAGCCUUUCUUGUGAGGCUUUUGGUGGUCUGUCCAUUCCCGGUGGGCUGCAACUACGUCUGCUUCGAGGCCCUGGUCUGAAAGAGUUGGCCGAAUACAACAGCCUCAAGUCAGCUCAAAUAAAUCGUCCUCCACCACCCAUGGCGAGAGCCCUCCUUGGUACUGAGCCUGAUGUUGCAUCCACUUCCUCCACGUCGAACUUCUAUGGCUCUUCAAAGUAUCCUGCCAGUGGUGCUGACACGACCGAGGAGAAUCGCCUGUUGGACAGUCGCCUGGCCCAGCAACGUCUGGGUGACCGGAUCGAAAUCAUUCGUCCUGGGAUGGAUCCGCGCUACCACCUGACAGCUGGACCAGAUCCUAAAAACCCCUACGCUGCCCAGAUUCGUCGCCGCUUAUUUGACAAGCAAGCCGCUGAGGUGUGGUCGGCUUGCAUGAAGUUGCCCGAGCGCGCUGUAAGACCGACCCUACAGUCAUUACAGUUAGUCAACACAAGCGAGUACGUAUUUUCGUCGCGGAAACUGCUUUGCUACGAAAACUGCACCGGCCGUCCUCAGCCGAGCUAA